CACCUGUACGUCUGAGGGAAGGCGGCGAGGGACACACACACACACACACACACACACACACACACACACACACACACACACAGUAUUGGAACACUCCCCCUUCCCGCGAGAUUUGGAGUUGAGCAAACGCCACGUCUGUGUUCGUCUCGCCUCACAUCCACGCAGACAGACAGACAGCGGACAGACAGACAGACAGCAGCCGUCUAUCGGACACUUCUGACCGCGGACAGAGAGCGACCCUGUCCCCAUCCAGCGGGCCCCGACAGGCGGUGACAUAUCCCGACACGACCCGGGGGUAAUAUGGGCUGUGCACGUCUGCUGGCACUGACUGUGGCCACAUCAGCAGUUCUCCUGUUAGUGCUUCAUCCGGCCGGCUCUCAUAGCCAUUCCCAUGGCGACCAUGGCCACGGACAUGGGCACCAUCACCAUGGACACGGCCACGGCCACCAUCACCACGGUCACUCUCACGGAGAAGACGAUCACCACGCCGACGUGAAGAUGUUUCACGGAGCCAGCAAGUGGAGUGCCGAGGCCAACCUCCCUACUCAGGAAGAGGAGCACCACGGACAUGCGCACGCUCACGACCACGACCACGGACACGCGCACUCUCACGACCACGACCACGGACACGCGCACUCUCACGACCACGGACACGCGCACGCUCAUCAGGAGGAUGUUGUCCGGGUGCACAAGGAGGAGAGUGGACACGGGCACUCGCACGGAGGGGAGAGGGUGAAGAGGGAGGCGGAGAAGAGGGAUGUGGUGGAGCUCUGGACGCAGGCUAUCGGAGCGACCCUGCUGAUCAGCGCGGCUCCUUUCCUCAUCCUGUUCCUCAUUCCAGUUCAGUCCAACAGCGACCAGCACCAGAACCUGCUGAAGGUGCUGCUGAGCUUCGCGUCGGGGGGACUGCUGGGUGACGCCUUCCUGCACCUCAUUCCACAUGCUCUGGAGCCUCACUCUCACCACGGAGAAGAUCACGGCCACUCCCACGAAAGUGAAGAGUCACAUGACCACGGUCACUCGCACGGAGCCGCCCACGGUCACAUGAUGUCAGUGGGUCUGUGGGUUCUCGGCGGGAUCGUGGCCUUCCUGGUUGUGGAGAAAUUUGUGCGUCUUUUAAAGGGAGGUCACGGACACGGACAUUCCCACGGCCACUCGCACGACGCUCCCAAAGAAAAGGACAGCGACGGAGAGGAAGAGAAGGAGAAGAAGAAGAAGGAGGGGAAAGGAGGCAAAGACGAGAAGGUGCCGAAGAAAGAGGAGAAGCAGAGCACAGACAUCAAGGUGUCCGGGUACCUGAACCUGGCAGCCGACUUCACGCAUAACUUCACUGACGGCCUGGCGAUCGGAGCGUCCUUCCUGGUUGGUCCGACGGUCGGCGCCGUCACCACCCUCACCAUCCUGCUGCAUGAGGUCCCGCACGAGAUCGGAGACUUCGCCAUCCUCGUCCAGUCGGGCUGCACCAAGAGAAAGGCCAUGUGUCUACAGCUGCUGACGGCGCUGGGAGCUCUGGCCGGCACAGCUUGCUCCCUCUUGGCUGAGGGCGUGGGCGCCGCGGCCACCGCCUGGAUCCUGCCGUUCACGGCCGGCGGGUUCGUUUACAUCGCCACGGUGACCGUGCUCCCAGAACUGCUGGCGGGCCGCUCCAGUUUCGGUCAGUCUCUGUUGGAGAUCCUGGCGCUGCUGUUCGGGGUCGGCAUGAUGGUGCUGAUCGCCGAGUACGAGUGAGGCGCAGGUGGAGUGGACAGGAGCUCCUCGCAGUGAGGAGGACGGGGAGGGAAAAGGGUCAAAAAAGGUUGAAAAAAAAAAGGCGGUUUUAAGUAGAAUUCAAGUGGAUUAUUCCUCCAGCGGUGUGUUGUCCUGUUUUUUUAUGUUUUGGGACAAACUCCACCCGCUGAUGGCGAACAGAUGAUUUUUUUUUGUUAUGUGUUUAGCAGUUCGUGGUCACGUCCCUGAUUUGUGUUGAUGUUUCUAUUUCGGCUUCGUGAAAACUGUCGAGCGGGAGAGAGACUGACAGCUGGAACAGAAACAUCCUGCUGCAAGUGAAAGUGUUGCUGUCCAUCGAGGGGCCUCCGUCACGACCAUCGCUCCCUCCGUCACCGCACGGCUCAUUCAGCUACAGCAGCUUGAACCGACGGCCGGUCGCCUCCAGUGGUCCGCUUUCUUUCCAAAGUCUCAGUCAGGUUUGCCGCUCUGUAAAUCAACAUUUCAGAGUUUGGUCGUGGAGCGCAGAGGAAGCGACGUGACCUACGUGUUCGCGUCCGUUUCCUCUGGAGCGAUUGUUUAAUUUUUUUACAUUCCACAGAAUAAAAGUAAAUGUUGUGGCUUCUCCAGA